AUGGCAUUGCUCAUAGCACCAACUGUUGCGGCACAAAUCGCCUCGGGAAGUACAUCGAUGGCGGCAGUGUCGGGAUGUGAACGGGAAAAUUCCGUGGAUAAUCAACCGGAUAGAGCAAGUAUUGAUGAUCGAUCAAGUAACAAAAUGUACGACGAGGAUGUGGAGAGUCGAAUGAUUCCACUGGAGCGUCCGAGUCAUAAAGGAAGUAUUCGGGAUAACACGCCAGACUCGAUUCUCAGGUUGAAUAUUGGUGGAAGUAGUUAUCGGAUUCGGACCAGAUCUAUCAUCAAGUUCGGGCCAAAAACACUUUUGGGCCGCUUCUGUCGUAUGAACCAUGAACACCGUCGCCAGUGGGCCGACUGGUACUUUGAGGACCAAGACGAGUAUUUUUUCGAACGAGUUCCCAGAUACUUUGACCCGAUCUAUGAUUUCUAUGCAACUGGAAAACUUCACGUUCCAAAGGAUUUAUGCUUCGAUAAAUUUAUGGCCGAGCUCCGUUUCUGGGCUGUUUCGAAGUCGCGGAUGGAUGAGUGCUGCUCUCCAUUCGCACAGUAUUGUGUCACUAUGGGAGGAGAUCCAAAGUAUACGGAGAAGGACCACUUCAUUGGUGUCAGAUGUGCUAAUAUCCGUCGGAGAUUAUGGUUGAUUUUGGAAGGACACUCACAGAGUAAAUGGUGGAAGGCGUUCGAAGUAAUAUCCACCGCAUUCGUUGUUCUCUCGAUCUCUGCACUAAUUCUCGGAUCGAUUCCAGAAUUCCAAGUGCCUCAAAAAAGUGAAGACGGACAACUGGUGUAUGCUACGGCGACGUAUCCAACAUAUCCAAAUGGAGGUGGAAUGACGAUCGAGAGUCGGACUGUUGUUCGAGAAGGAUCUGAUAAUUCGACGGAUGAUGAUAGUAUCAUCGAAGUAACUGACCCGACAACCCGAGUAAAUGGAAAGGUUGAAAUGACGGAACAUCCGGUGUUUACAUGGGUCGAAAAUGUUUGUGUCAUUUAUUUCUCGAUUGAAUACGCGAUGCGAUUCAUUGUGGCACCCAGAAAGCUCGCCUUCGCUCGUCAAAUCCUGAACGUCAUCGAUCUCUUGUCCAUCGCUCCAUUCUACUUUGAACUUCUUCUAUGGAUUUGUGGAAUCAGUGGAGAGAAUGUGAGGAAAGUCAGAUGGGCGUUCUUGACAGUCCGUCUACUUCGUGUGCUUCGUGUCAUCAGAAUUGCCAAAUUGGGAAGAUUCUCACCAGGUCUUGCCAACUUCGCCCUCACCAUCCGAAAAUCCAAGAAACAAAUGCAAAUGGUUGGUAUUGUGAUGAUGACCGUAGUCAUCUUCUUCUCCACUUUGAUCUACUUCUUGGAAAGAGAUGAACCUGGAACCAAGUUCACAAGUAUUCCAGCAACAUUCUGGUGGUGUGUUGUCACUAUGGCCACUGUCGGAUACGGAGAUCUCGUGCCAGUUACAGUCGCUGGAAAGUUGGUUGGAAGUGGAGCCAUCGUUUGUGGUGUCAUGGUGUUGGCACUUCCAAUUACUAUUAUGGUCAACAAUUUCAUGCAAGUCGUCAAACUCCGCGAAGAGCAAAUCGUCAAAAAGUACGCACAACAACAUGGAGACCAAGUCUAA